CUGGUCAUCUACAUCAGCAUAAAUUGAAACCCUAGAACAGUUAUCUUUCAUUUUUCUAUACUUCGAAUUUGGAAAACUAUGGGGGUUGAGACGGCGGCGCAACCGAGCAAGAUGCGAUGGGGAGAGCUGGAGGAGGACGACGGAGAGGAUUUAGAUUUCCUCUUGCCACCGAAGCAGGUGAUCGGACCGGACGAGAACGGGAUAAAGAAAGUUGUGGAGUAUAAAUUCAACGACGAGGGAAACAAGGUGAAGAUCACCACCACCACGCGUGUCCGUAAGCUGGCAAACGCUCGUCUCAGCAAACGCGCGAUCGAGCGCCGUUCGUGGCCUAAGUUUGGUGACGCUGUGCACGAGGACGUCGGCAGCCGCCUCACCAUGGUCUCCACAGAGGAGAUUCUCCUAGAACGUCCACGUGCCCCGGGCACAAAACAAGAGGAAGUCAAGGCUGCCGGGGAUCCGCUAGCUCAGAUGACCAAAGGAGGAGCUGUGCUCAUGGUUUGCAGGACUUGUGGGAAGAAAGGAGACCACUGGACCUCAAGAUGCCCUUACAAAGACCUUGCUCAGCCGACAGACACCUUCACCGAUAAACCGGCGGCAGAAGCUGGCGGCCCAUCGGCCGCCGCCGGAGGAAAGGGUGCUUAUGUGCCGCCUAGCAUGAGAGGUGGUGGUGGGGGCACUGAGAGGGGGGGCAGUGACAUGAGGCGGAGGAAUGAAGAAAACUCGGUCAGGGUGACGAACCUUUCAGAGGACACGAGGGAGCCUGACCUGCACGAGCUGUUCAGGCCUUUUGGUGCCGUGAGCCGAGUCUAUGUGGCGAUUGACCAGAAGACAGGGAUGAGCAGAGGUUUCGGCUUCGUCAACUUUGUCAACAGGNGUUAUGUU